ACUAUUAAGUCCUUAAAGAUACUGUUUAUAAUAACAACACACCUGUCUAGCAUAAAGUGGGCGUGUUUGUAUACCAACAAGCCUGAACAUGACCUGAGAAUUUAGGUUGAGAGUAUUUAAUCGUCUGGAUCAACUCUAGAUUCACAAACCAUUACCAGUGAGAAGUGAACAGGCUAAUAACUAAAAGUAAAAAUAAUUUUCUCUUUACUAAAUGUCGGACAAGCGAGAGAAUUGCCAGUACUGGGAAAAGUGUUACAGGAAGGAUAAGGCCCACUUGCUCACAUACCAGCAUCCGGCCGAAAACAAAAAGGCUGCAGAACCAGUCACAAAGACAGCAGACGAAGUGAAACCAGCCAUGCGAAAAGAGAAGACUCUGGAACUUACAGAGGAGGAAAUCACGUCCCCACCAGCCAAGCCUGGGAUGAGGAAACGUAAAACACACGAAAUCAGUGUUGAAAAUGGGGAUUCUACAGAACCAGUGGCAAAGAAAGCCAAGAAAGAGCAACCAAUGGUUGUUGACGAAGAGACAGAGCCAGUCAAGAAAGAAGAGACAAAACCAGUCAAGAAGGCCCCGCCCACAAGAGCUGCAAGCAAGACCACGCCUUCCACCAGCACAGCCACCACCGCUGGUGCUGUACGGGCUCGGUGUAAAUACUGGGACAAGUGCUUCCGCAAGGACAAGGGGCACAAGACUCUGUAUGUGCAUCCCGGAGACCCUGACGAGAAACAAUCUGUAAAAGAGGGUGUAGCUGGUAGAACAAGGACCAGUGCCCGCCCCAAACCUCUUCACCGCAUGGACAGUGUUGACGCUGUAGUUUACGGGGGAUACACGCUCAAACGGACAGGCAGCAACUACGAGUGCAACUGUAGCAGCUUCACAGGAGAAAAAAACUUUGGCAAAGCCCUGAACAUGAAGACUUGCACACACCUGAUCCAGUACUUGGGAGAGGACUACGAGAGAUCACGCUGUGAACUCCCUGCGAAAGGCAAGAAGGAAACCAAGCCACCCCAGCACGUACACAUCAGUGUACUCCUGGCCCAUAAAUACAAGGAUGGUGACACAAAUCCAAAAGGCUGGUGGAUGAGUGAAAAACUGGACGGGGUUAGAGCAUAUUGGAACGGCAGGUGCUUCUAUUCACGCCUCGGCAACGCAUUCUAUGCUCCAGCUUGGUUCACUAAAGAUCUACCAAGAGACAUGCAUCUGGAUGGAGAGUUAUUCGGCGGCCGUAAGAAGUUUCAGUCAACCGUCAGCAUUGUUAAAACUCCUGAGCAUCCAAAAUGGAACACGAUCAAGUUCUGUGUGUUUGAUGCCCCUCAUCUUGAGAAAGAACCAUUCGAGAAGAGAAUGAAGGCAAUAACAGACCAGUUUGAGAAAGUCAAGCCUGAAUAUGCCAAGUUUGUUGAGCAUGAGCGGUGCACAGGGAAGGACCAUGUGGACAAAGAACUGAAGAGAAUCAUUGACUUGGGUGGUGAGGGACUCAUGAUCCGCCAACCAGGCUCAAAGUACGAGAGGACACGCUCCCACACAUUGCUCAAGAUCAAGAAAUUCCACGACGCUGAGGCCAUUGUUAUAGGUUUCGAGCCAAGCAAGUCCAAUCCAGGUCUCACUGGUGCAUUGCGGGUACAGAUGGCCAAUGGCAAACAGUUCAAAGUCGGAUCUGGUUUGACAAACAAAGACAGAAAAAAUCCACCAAAGAAAGGGACAAUCAUCACAUACAAGUUCCAGGAAUACUCCAACUCAGGGACUCCCAGGUUCCCAACCUAUGUGGGUGUGCGCAUUGACAUGACUGAACCAAAGGAUGCCGAAGGUGUAGUCACAGAAGGAAAAGAUGACGAGUAGAUUCCAUUGUUACUUAUGGAUAAAGACUAUACAUGAGAGUAGUUUGAUGUUAAGUGGCCAGAGAAAUCUCAAGUAAAGCACGUUUGGAAAACAUUUUGUGCCAUAAAUCCAAACAAAACAAACGUUGUACAUUUCAAGUUAGUAGAAAAGAUGGGCUCUAGAAGGAAUGUUAAGGAAAAGUUAUGAUUCGCUUCCUAUUCAGACAAAAUAGAAUUAUCUUGAAAUUCUCUUAGAUUGUUUUGUUAAUAUAUAUCUGCGAAUUAUGUCCAGUGAUAAAUAAUUAUAAAUGCUGUGAUAUUAGACAUCCAUAGUGUGAUGUUUUAUUAAUUUAUUACAAUAUCAAUCACAAUAUAUUGCCAAUUGUCAUGUAUCUCAACCUUCACUUUGCUACUGCCCAUACCAACAGUUAUAAGUAACUCCUGAAGUUAGGCAUGAGCUCAGAUCAGUAAUAAUUCAAUAGAUAAGGAUAACUAUUAUUGUUUUAUACACAUGUACUAGCUUUAAGGUUUUGAUAAGAGAAUAUGUUGUGAGAAAAACACCAUAAUGUACAUGUACGAAAAAUUAUAUUGAAACAAAAAGCAUAUUGCAAUAUAUACCUUUACAUUGUCACAUUGACAUCCCUACAAAUAAUUUUAUCUGUAUAUGAAUUUUUAUUGUAACUCUGUAGUGUACAUAAAAUGAAUGUGACAAGAAAAAAAUUGUGGUCAACAUGACAUAACUGUUUUAUUUAGAUAUUUUUUUAUUGAGACAUUUUGUACUUUUAUAUUGUAUUAUGAAUUGUUAUUUGUACGGUUAAUUAAAUGUAUAAUAAAUAAGCUUUUCAGUUACUAAUUUUAACUAAACUAUAUUUAUUUGAACAUCAAAAUGAGUUGAAUGUACCAUACUAUUUGGUAGUUUUAUACUUCAACAUUAAUGUCAUAUACUGUAUAAGUGAUAUGAAGUGCAAUACAUUUUAUCUAUUUAUACAUGCAAUUUCAAUGAACUACAUACACCAUAAGCACAACUGUGAAAUUCGUUAAUCAUGUAUUGUUUUUGAUACAAGUAUAUUAUAUCAUUUUGUAAAUUGUUAUUGUUGUUUUGUUAUUUAACUUAUUUGUAUAGUUGAUAGUUGUCUAUAAAUGCAUGUUUAAACAUGUAUUUUUUAUGUCUGUGUUAUUAGCAUAAUAAAGUGAUCUCAGAGAUUUGCAUAGUUCAUAUAGCCAGAUUGGUCAAAAUAUAGGGCUGAUAUUGGCCCAAUACUUGUGAGCUAUUAUAUUGUGAGCAAAUAAGAUUUUGCAAACUGUUUCUUUCCCCUCAUGGGUUAAACAUUUUUUUAAUAAAAUAAUAUAUCCUUAAGUAACACAAAAUGCUAAUUUGCCAACGAGACAAUUUUCAUUGUAUUUGGGGGAUAUUAAAACAAUAAUUAAGUGAAAAACUAAACUUCCCAAUAAUGAAUUAAAAUGAAAUAGUUAGUCAAUGCAACCUAAAUAGUUAAAAAAAACAUAACAAGAUAUCAAUCAUACAGGAUACAGCCCUGUAAAACCAAAUUUUGAUAACAAAUAGUAUUUUUUAUUGAAAUAAUACAUUGUAAUGCAUGUAAAUAAAAUAAAAAUACAUUUUCAGUAUUGGUUCAACAAAAUAAAUUCUUAAAAAUA